GUCUUUUCCGAUCCUUGUUAUUUCUAGACCUAUCUCUACUUGGCCGGUCAUCAUUUCUCUCGAUCUACUGCAAUCCAUGCAGAUCCUCGCUGAUAUAUAAUCUCUUGGCGGUUCCUCCGCAACGGCCCAAUCCUCCCGGCUUCUCCGCGAUUGUUUGUUUUUGCCCAGGAACAGCCCUCCCAAGACCCUUUCAGGCGGCCAGUACAGCUCAUUCCGUGCGCCCCGUCACCUACCUGCCACUGCGACUGUACAUAGUCAAUCAAAUGGCCAUGGUGGACGGUGCGGCGGACGCAGCUUCUGCAUCCUCCCCCGCCUCGGUCCAUCCCAAUAUCCCUCAGCCUCCAGUCGAGGCUCGUUCGCUCUCGUCCAUCACUACCAUCGCCUCAAACCCACCGGCCUACCCUCGGAAUCCGGCGCAAAAGAAGCUAGAUCCUCUCGUUCUCUAUAUCGUGCGCGUACCUGGAAGCAAAGAUGUAUUCCUCUCGCCAUUGAAGCCUCCGACGAAAUCAAGCAUCUCCGCAGAAGCCAUCAACGCCUCCCUUUACUACCUUCAUGUUGCGACGCCAGAGGACGAACUCCUGUUGCAGGAGGUUGAGGAGGAGCGGGAAAAACAGGCGAAACUACGAAAGGAACAAUGGAGCGACGGAGCACCGCCAGAGUUUGCGCGAUUGAACAAUGUCCGGCGAAAGCCUGUACCGGGUGGUCCUCUUCCACAGAUACCAUUGCAGCAGGAGAAUUACUCGCCGUACUCUGCUGCGGUCGACUCUCCGCCUCCGCCGACCCCGCCCCGUCCGACGCUUCGUCAAGGCUUUCCUAGUUCGGAGUCAGCUACCGCUGUUUCGGACAUCUCCGACCAUCUGGGCGACUCGCGUGGAGAUACAGGAGAGACUAGAGCAUCCCCGUUACCGCGCAGGCCUCUGCCGUUUGUGCCAACAGAGGAAGCUUCUUCAGAUUCGAUCAACAACAGUCCGGCGAAGAAGAGUAAUCGAUGGAGCGCCCUAUCGGGGUAUCUCAACAGUAAAGGGCUCGAUAACUGGAAGGAGAAGUAUGAAGCCUUGUCCGCAGGACGUAUUAGUCUGGAUGCCGGUCGGCCCGAACUACGACCGCAUACGUCUGACGGGGCCGGGUCGAAUGCUCGCCGAGCAUCGCCGUCAAGGAGCCCAGGGCAGUCUCCGCACAGAAGGCCGCGCGAGCAUGGCCAGGCCUCAGAUCGACAGGGAUUUCAUAUCACUCUCAUCCGCCGCGAUCCCACUCACGGCAUUCAAUGGAACGUUGCGACCAUCUCCACGUCCAAGACGGACCGCACCGUGGUCAACAUCGAGGUCUCGACACCGGGGUAUAACCGGUUCCUAGCCCAGGAUGAGCCUUUUUCCCUGCAGAGUCUGGGCAUAAACCUCCCGUCAGACGGACAGUCUCUGCCCUCAUCCACGCUCAAAUUUCCUACACAGGCGCACCCUGAAACACGGGCCCUGGACCCGUCCCUGCCGCGCAAAUUCCGCCGCCAGCUCUGCGUAUCGCGGCCACAUCACCACAGGGACGACUCGCGAGGCUCCCUGGAUAUGCCUACCAACAGAGCCUCACUGGACACCUUCACUGGCAGUCCGACCCGGCCGCACCACCAAGCCCACUCCAAGCUGAAAAGCGGCUACUACACCUUCACCUCCCCCUGGAACGGCAUCUGCACCUUCUCCACCAGCGUCAACGGCCGCAGCCUCAAAUGCAAGCACAUGAUCCCCACGCCCUCAUACCCAGGCAAUGGAACGAACCUCUCCACCCCCAGCGCUCCAGCCGUGACCGUCGCAGAAAUCCGCUUCAACACCCCUUUCCAAGCCGACCUCCUCAGACACCCCAGGCCACUCUUCCUCUCCAAGCCAAACAUCCCAUCCCAACGGACACGGGGUCAUCCCUCCUCAAAACGCAACUCUUUCGCCCACCUCCUCAACCCAACAACCUACACCAGACCCCGCUCCCACUCCGGCACCAGCGUGAGCACCUCCUCCGUCUCAUGCAUACCGGGGCACACACACCCACACAGACAAAGACAAACCCACACCCGCAACCCCUCCUCAAGCAGCACCAGCAGCGGCGCUGCAGACGACCCCGACCCCGACCGUCUCGACUUCUCUCUCGCGCGCGAACCAGCAGGCGGGGGACUCCGCGGCAAAAGCGCCAAACUAGGCAAACUAAUCAUCGAAGAUGAGGGGAUCAAGAUGUUGGAUUUGGUGGUUGCGGCGUGCAUGGCUGUUUGGUGGAGGGGGUAUUAUCAUUAACCUUGACUUGACUCUAGGUAGACUUAGCCUUGUUUUGGUUUGGUUUGCUUGCGGAGCAACUUAUGUUUUGGAUAAAUAGUUGGUCUAUAUGCUGUCGCCAUAUAUUGAAGAUUUGAUAGGAUAGGGUAGGAUGGGGAGAGGGUGGUUAUGUAAAGGAGGUACUUGAUUGUAUAUGAUUGGAUGAUAAUGAUUGAUGCAUGUUUUGUUUAUAGAGUUUCUGUUGAAUUGAUGGGUCAUGUAUGUACUUUACUGAGCUUGAGCUUUCGAGGCGAACACAAUGUGUGGUCAUGUAUCUGCAUUACAUUGGCACCGGUAUGGACAUAGUUCAGUUUCA